AUGUGGCGAAGAUCGCUGGUGUUGCGGUCCCAAUUGAGCUUUGGUUUGCGUCGCAACAACAAUAUAUGUGCCGGUAAUCUUAUUCUAAAGAGACAAUGGAUUCGACCAACGCCGCUUGAUUCGUCGCUAGGAGCUGGACAUCAGAUUAGAGUCCAGUCAACGAAGAGCAAUGCAAUUGAGAUUCCUUCUGUCAAGAAUGUCCAAAAAGCGAGGCUCUCCGCCAGCGAGGCCAAUGGAUCAGGCUUCCGGGAUGUCAAACGCCUUUUCCGCCUAGCUAAACCAGAGACGUUGCAGAUCAUUUUGGCACUCGUUCUAAUCCUAAUAUCGAGCUCCGUUAGCAUGACAAUCCCGACUAUAGUGGGCAAACUUUUAGAUAUCGCAAAAGACAAGCAUGAUGAAGACGGAACGGAUGAAGAAAAAGAGAGUCCUAAGAUCUUUGGGAUGAGCACGAAGCAGUUUUGCAUAGCUACCAUGGGGAUCUUUGUAGUCGGAGCGGCUGCCAAUGCAGGCCGAGUCGUGAUAUUGAAAAUAACCGGUGAGAGGCUUGUGGCGAGGCUGAGGACACGAACCAUGAAGGCGGCCUUAGAUCAAGAUGCGACAUUCUUGGACGCCAAUCGAGUCGGAGACCUGAUCUCGAGGCUAUCGGCAGAUGCCUCUAUAGUAGCGAAGUCCGUCACACAAAACGUGUCAGACGGCACCAGGGCAAUAAUCCAGGGCUUCGUUGGGUUUGGAAUGAUGGGUUACAUUUCUUGGCAGCUGACGAGCGUGAUGGUGUUGAUGAUUCCGCCAUUGGGCAUAAUGGCAGUGAUUUACGGUAAGAAAAUAAGAAACCUGUCGAGGCAACUACAAACCGCGGUGGGCGGUCUCACUAAGGUGGCAGAAGAACAGCUUGGCGCAACGAAGACUAUACAGUCAUAUGUUGGUGAAAAAAAUGAAAUCCAUCGCUAUGCAUCCGAGGUGAGAAAUGUGUUCAAUAUUGGACUCAAAGAGGCGCUCACCUCGGGGGCUUUCUUUGGGUCCACGGGCCUAGUUGGCAAUACGGCGUUGUUGGCGUUGCUCAUGGUCGGAUCGAACAUGAUACAGAGCGGCUCGAUGACCGUCGGUGAUCUUUCGAGUUUCAUGAUGUAUGCGGUUUACACGGGAUCUUCGAUGUUCGGUCUAUCUAGUUUCUACUCAGAGUUGAUGAAAGGUGCCGGAGCCGCAGCCAGAGUUUUCGAGCUAAAAGACCGCAGGCCUCUCAUUCCCCCAACAAUAGGCGUUGAUCCCGUAACCCUGAGAAACAAACCAAUAACCUUCGAUCAUGUUUCAUUCACCUACCCCACCAGGCAGAACCAUACGAUCUUCGACGGCCUGAACCUCACGAUCCAGCCCGGCGAGCACGUCUGCUUCGUCGGCCCCUCCGGCAGCGGCAAGUCCACCGUGGCGUCGCUGCUACUGCGUUACUACGACCCGGACCGCGGCGCGGUCCUGAUUGGCGACCAGAACAUCCAGAGCUUUAAUCUGCGCAAGUACCGUCGUCUCCUGGGAGUCGUGCAGCAGGAACCGGUCCUGUUCAACGGCACUAUCCUCGACAACAUCCUAUACUCCGUGCCGCCUGAACGAGCACACAACCAAGAUCUCGUGUCCCACGCCAUAGGACAGGCAAACUGCACCAAGUUCCUCGCCAACUUCCCGGACGGCCUGCAGACGCUCGUCGGACCGCGCGGCGCCCAACUGUCUGGAGGCCAGAAGCAAAGAAUAGCGCUUGCCAGGGCGUUCCUCCUGGACCCUUCGCUGCUGAUCCUCGACGAAGCCACCAGCGCGCUCGAUUCCCAGAGCGAAGAAGUCGUCGCCCGCGCCUUGCACGCCAGAGUACAGAGAGGGCAAACGACAAUAUCGAUCGCACACAGACUCUCCACCAUCAAGCAUUGCACAAGAGUCGUAGUUCUGGGAAGACACGGUUCCGUGGUCGAGUCGGGAUCGUUCCAAGAAUUGGCAAGAAACCCGCAGAGCGAGCUCAACAUUCUACUAUCGCAGCAGCACGAACACUCUCACGGUCCCGCGCCACUUCAAGAGCCUCCAGCCAACAACUGA